UCUUAGCCAACAAAAUAACAAAUCUAAUGAAAAGUCCACAUCUUAUAAAAGAAAUGAAGUCCAUCUUUGCUUUCUUCAUGCUAUUUUAUCUUUUUCUGGUUGCUGACCUCUCUUAUGCAAGAAAAGACUUGGGAGAUUAUUGGAAGAACAUGAUGAAUGAUGAACCUAUGCCAGAAGCAAUCAAAGAGCUUGUUCAAAAUCCAGAGGUAACAGAUGCAAGGAAAAAUAAUAACUUCAUUCUAGACUUUGAUGUAAGGCCUAAUCUCAUAUUGUAUCACACACAUGUUGAGUCUAAGAAACAACAUGUCUUGGUGAAAAACUCUGAACAAGAAGAGGUCCAUGGAAUUAUAGGAAAACAUGGUUGAAUUGAACCUAUAGAUAUAGAUGAUGUGCAUCUAAUAUAUUUUGUAUUGGAAAAAGAUAAGUAUUUAAGGUUUAUUUUGUAGGAAAUUAUAUUUUGGUUGAUGGUUUUGACCUUUUUUAAAAAAAAAUAUAUAGAUGUAUUUUUAUGGUUAUGCUGUUUUUUGCUGCAUCUAUUUUGGGUCUUGAUGAAUAGAUAUGAUGUAUCUAGUUUGGAUUGCUCUUCAUAAAUUUGUAAUUUGUACUAGAUGUUUUUGCUCCCCAGAUUUCAUCUGUGUAGGAUGCACAAAAAGUCAAUAAGAUAGAUAUAUUUGAUGAA